AGCGAAUGUCAGUUUCCGUAAGUCAUCAAGAAAUACUGAAGAAAAACGGAGAUAUUUCUACAUUUAUUCGCAAUCAAUACUAGAAAAGAAAAAUGCCAAAACCAUCCGGCAAUCCACGCUGCAAAUGCUGCGAUGAGGUUAUGGAAGAGCUGUUAACGAUGCGUCAAACUUUCGAAAAGUUAUUUCAUCGAUUAACAAAGCAAAUUGUUGACUUGAGACGCGAAGUUACCGAAAAUAUGGGAAACGCGUCCAGCGGCAAGACAUUAAAAAGAGAAAGUAGCUGUAGUCCAAGCAUAUCCACGCCACCACCAAAAUUUAGUCGUUACAAUAAUAGCGACAGUGAAACUGAGUGUUUCAAAUUGAAAAAAGCUAAAAAAUCGUCAAAUUCGAAAAAUUCACAAAAUGCCAGUAAGGAAGAACUCAAAGAUCCAGUUGAAGUAAAAAGUGUAGCAAAAGUUAGUCGACCUGUCUUGGACUUCUUCAAUAUUCAAGCACGAGUCAUGCCUACGCAACCGUUUAAAACUGCACAACAGUUCGAAGAUUGGAAUGCUAUUUUCAAAGAUGACGAAGAUCAAUGUGACCAACUGAGAGUUGAGCUGCUGCAAGGCCUCUUUGAUGAACCAGACAAAUAUAUAAAACAUAUAUGGCGUAGCGUUUUUAAAAAUGAGGCGGCCGAAAAUUACUCGUACAGAGGUAAUGGCCGUUGCAAAAAGCGUGCUAUUAAAAAUUACAUAUUCACAGACAUUUUUCGAGAGUGCUUCCUGCAACGUUUUCAUCACAUGGAUGCUGUCUUUUUCAUGGAACGCACUAUGCGCUUUUUCAACUACGUACACGAUCAGUGGAGGAAAAAUAUGCGCAAUCAGCGUAAAAGACUGGGGGCUAGUGCAAAAACACAAAAUGAGGAACUUAUGGAUAAUGAUCUGACAACACAAGAUGAGCAGAGCUUCAAUGGUUAUGAUGGCACAAUGUUGCCGUAAUAAACAACUGUAUUUUUUAAGUUUGCACGAUUCCAAGUUGCAGAUAAUUGGUUUUGUCACAAUGUAUGAUACCGAAUGCAUACCUGCAUACAUAGUUUGAAUUUCAUAAAGUAAUUUAUUAGUGUAUAAAUGAAUUGAAAUUGAAUUUUUAUUUGUAAAAACCUUUUUACAUACUUUGGUGGCCCUUUUAACGUUAUGGUUCUAAUUCUCUUGUAUGCAAA